AACAGCUGUGUGAAACGCCUCCCGUUCCUCACGCGAGAUAUGGAAUGUCAUCACGAUACUUGCUAGGUAGGAGGUUGGCGAAGUGUAGUGCAUCAUUAAAAUACGGGUAUUAAAGGUAUGCAGUAAUGAAUGGGCUCACGAGCAUCUGAAAUAAUCAUGGAUAACAGCCUGUUUAAACAGGGCAAGAUGUGCCUGCAAAGCUCUGCACUUUCUCUCGUGUGUGCAGUCAGGUUUCCCACUCUUUGCAGUCACAUUGAUGAGUAGGUUGCUCACCUGUGAAUCCUCCUCUUUACUUUUGCAAAGCAGGAUCGGGAGUGUUGCUUUGGGUUGCAUUGAGAAAGGAAACGAUGGGGCUUCAUGGCAUAGCCAGGUGGAGUUUGGGGCAUAGAUCUGUAUGGGUCAGUGUGCUGUACUGCAAUGCUCACCUGUUACUCAUUUAAUAACAGCUCUCCACUGCAAGUGUGACAUGCAGCAGCUGCUAAAAUUUUAGCCUCAUUUUAAUCUGCUGAGUGGAUUCUGGUUUUAUGGGCAGGGAUGCCGUAUGUACAAUAUACACGUGCCUCAGGUAUUUGCAUACAGCCUGCUUCUUUGAUGUUGUCUUUUUGUUCUGAAGUCUGUGCCUGCCUUGAAGCAGAAUUGUGAAUCUGUGGAGUUCCAGUGAGAAACAGUACUUGCGUCUUGGAGAACAGAGUAAAUUGGAAGUGUGGUUUUGUUAGGACCAAAGUGCUGCUUAUGCCUGUGGAAAUAAAAGCAACCUAUCAGUAAUUAUUGUGUCAGUAGCGUGGUGGUGGUAUUAGAGGAAAUACUUUGAUAUUGCUGUUGACCUUUCUCUUUUCUUUUUUGUCCCCCUCCUGUCCAGGGGUGUAUAACUUCUAGUAUCUGUAAUUCCGGCGGUGUUUAGGUCUAUAUUCAUAUUGAAUUCAUCUCCAGAAGGUAUUAUCUGGGCUCAUGGCUCUUCUGUCUGCUGGUAUUUAGAUCUGUUGCCAUUAGGGACUAAAUGAUUUUCUUUUGUUGUUUUCCUAUGGCUUAGGUCAGAGCUUUAACUCAGACAAAAGCAGAACCAUUAUCAAAAUGCAGAUCAAAUGUUGAACUAAAAUCUUUAAUUUUUCUUUUUUUUUAAGGGUGAAUUUAAAUUAAACUAUUUCCUGAGUUUAUUAGCAAGAAGAUUGUUUUGGUUUGAAUCGAUAAUUGAUGUUCUGGAGUUGUUUUACUGAUGAACUGUGCAAUUCCCACAUAUUUUACAGCCUGGCUUCUUGCAGAGGUUUUUUCCUCCUCUCUUUUGUUAUGACAGCAUUCUGUCAUUGCUCGGUGCUGUGUAACUUCUAGAAGAUUUGAUAAGUAAAUUAUCUUUUGACUUAGGUAAACUGUGUUAUUUUCCUUGUUUAACAUUUACUAUCCUUUGACAAUAUCUUUAAUAAAACAAAUUUAAGAAAUUAAUAAUAAAUUAAUUAGGCAGUGUUCGUUAGGCAAAGAACAGGAUAAGCAAGAAGAGGACAGACCCUUCAGCAGGAUUUGUUGUGACAGGACAAGGGGAAACGGCCUCAAACUAAAAGAGAGGAGAGUUAGACUGGUUGUAAGGAAAAAGUUCUUUACUGUAACAGGUGGUGAGGCACUGGCACAGGUUGCCCAGAGAGAUGGUGGUGCUCCAUCCCUGCAGGCACCAUAAAGGUCAGGCUGGAUGGAGCUCUGAGCACCUGAUGGAGCUGUAGGUGUCCCUGCUCAUUGCAGAGGGGUUGGAGCAAUGGCAUUUAAGGGUGCCUUCCAACUCCAGUAAUUCUCUGAUUCUGUAACAACUUUGUACAGUGAAGCCUGCUGAAUGUAGCUGAGGUGAUACUGCUUUCUUUCUCCUUGGUUCUUUGUGAUUUCAGUGGAAAGAGUUAAACCUUUCUGUAAUUAUGCCAAGAUCAGUGUCAGAUAGCAGAUUUUAAGCAUUUAUGUGUUUGUCUUCAGGCAUCCAAAAGUAAAGCAAUUAGUGUCAGUCAGGAACUGGAGUACUCUCACCGUUCACAUUGCAGCUUUCUCUGUUGCAUUUACCACUAAUAAACUUUGUUGCGACUCUCUAAAACAAUCAAAUUUAAGUGAACAGUGUAACUUUUUGAUGCCUUCUCACUUGAAAAUCUCCUUUUCCUGCUAGCAUCCACUGAAAAGUGGAGUGCUGCGUUGGUAGCAUCUUGAUCUGAAGUAGGUUAUCUGGAUUACAGUACACCUUACAUAGUUUUCUUUAAUAAUUCAUGUAAAGCACAGCCUUUUCCUUGGGGAUGGGUGUACCUCUGUAAAUCUGCUGAAGCUCAGACUGUUGUUUGGCUCUAAGCGCCAUUAUCACAAAGACAGUCCGUGUAUUAAUUGGAUCAUGCUUUGCUGCUAAAGGGGAGAUAUUUGGGGCAUCAGGGGUGUAGGUGAGGUGAGUGGCGCACGCUGGUUGGCACAGUGUGUCCCCAGGAGUGGUGCUGCCAGCUGAGGUUUGCUAGCUUAGCUGUGGAGCUGUAGCUUCAGGCAGUGGCAAUUUGGGAUGCUUCGGGCAGAAGUAGAAACAGUGAUGGGAUUCUGUUUCUUUGGGCAAACUGGAACCUGCACUACACAUUUUCGUACUGUUUCUAUGUUGGAAAAAAGCAUGAAAUAAAUAGUAACUGCUGGCACGCUGUUUGCUCCUUUCAUAGCAGUCUUGUGCUGCCUUCUGUUUGUCUGUGAGUGCGUGAUCUGAAAGUACUGCUGUGAUGGUCACACCGUUUGCUUUGGAAACGAUGAAGGUGGCAAGGCUGGCUGCUGCUGCUUCCUCCCUACCGUUUGUGUGUGCAGUGUAUGCAGAAGAAAAGGAAUCAAAAAGUCAGCUGGUGAAGCCGAAGCAGCUUCCAAUUUACUGUUCGCCACCUCUGAAAUCGAAAUACAUUGAAGAGCAGCCUGGUCGCUUGCAGAAGCAAUUCUCUUCGAUAAGACUGACAACUGGCCGCUAUAUUGGAUGGUGUAAGGAUGCUUUUUUCUUUGCUAAAAAUGGAAUAGUGGAUUCAAUUCAGUUUGGUAAAGAUGCUUACGUUUACCUGAAGAAUCCACCACCAGACUUUCUUCCCAGAGUUGGCAUAAUUACAAUAUCAGGCCUAGCUGGUGUGGUGCUGGCAAGAAAAGAUUCUAGAUUUAAGAAAAUUGCUUAUCCCUUGGGACUUACUACUUUAGGAAUUUCAGUUUGUUACCCAGCUCAGGCAGUAGUAAUUGCUAAGAUAACAGGGAAAAAGGUAAUUUCUGCAAGCCAUCAAACCUAUGAGGCUGUACGAUCACUAUGGACAAAGAAGGAAGAUGCCUCCAAGCUGCAGCAAGAGUCAAAAUCAGUUACACAAGAAAAUAAGAAAAAUAGAGAAAUAUCUAAUGUACAGUUUGAAUCUGCUAUUGAAUCACGAUCAUCUAACAGGACAGAAUCUUCUCCUAUAGAGUCUUGGAGUACUAAAGAUCCACUGCCUUCAUCAGGAACGGUGAAGACAACAAAGUUUAAACCUGACCCAAAACUUAUGGACCAUGGUCAGUCCAGCCCAGAAGAUGUGGAUAUGUACAGUACAAGAAGCUAAGACAUCUGAUUACAAAUCUUUGCAAAGUAUUACAGAUAAGGGGGAGGGAAGAAGGGAAGGAAUAAGCCUUGUGAUUCAUACUGUGUGAAGUAUAACUUAAUCAGGUAUUUUCUUAUAUUUCAAACUAUAUUACUGAAUUGAACAGAAUGGUGUAAUGAAUAUUUUGUUUCUCACUACUUACAAGCAGUGAGAAUUCACUCACAUUCAGUGUUAUUAGUGCAACACUGAGGAAAUCAGAUUUGUCUGUCUUCUCACAAUGAAGUUUCUCUGUGCCAAACUUGUUAAUAAAUGUCAUUUCACGAAAGCUAUUUGAAAAGGUGAACAUCUCUGUAUUUCAGCUCAAAUGUUCACUGAUAGAAAAGAGGAAUGUCAUGGAUAGGGUUGGAGAGGCUUCUUUGUUUUUCAUUUUAAGCUCUAGAAGGAAGAGCAACUUUUACUGGUCUGAGUGCCCUUAAUUGAUUACUUUAUCAUAUGUAUAGCAUUAUCUCUAAUGCUUACGUAAACAAAUCACUUUUUUUCAUUGCAGAGUCAUUUGUUAUUGUUUGCCUCUUUCACAAAUGUGAAUGGAAACUGAACUUCUUGUGCAUUCUUGUUUUGUAUUUAAAUGUCACUUACCUUGGGAAACAACUAAUCUUUAAAACAUCUGUGAUAGACUAUGCAUUAGUUUUUACAUGCUUCUAAUAACUUGAAGAACUGUAUGCAAAUUGCUGAAUCCAUGAAGCUUAUACUGUUUGAUUUAUAUAGAGUGAAUAAGCAAUGUUUAGAAAAGAGCUUGAAGGUUUAAAGUAAGAAGUGCAUAGACAGUUGAAAGUGCUGAUAAAUAUCUUAGAAUGCCAAAGUAAUAAACAGAACAAAAAGUGAGAACACUGCUACACAAACAGAUAGUUUGGUUUGAUGUCUUAAACCUGAAAAGAAACACUGCUUCAUAUGAAUGUGUUUUCAUCAGUGGGAUAUGAAAGGAUAUUUGGCCCUGUUCUACAUAACAAUAGAUUUCAGUACCUAAUUCCUUCUUAUGAGGCUGCCACUUGAAAGUCAGAUGCCUUUAAUACAGGCAGUCAGUACUCCUCAGUCACUGUAGGGCUAACAGAACUAGUGAGGAGAUAUUGCACAAUGGAGCAUGCUCAAAGCAUAAAUGCUGAAUGGACAAAUGCACCAAGUAAGGCUUUUGUAUUGGUUCAGAAAUAGACAUAUCGAUAUUCUGUCAUCCCAAUUUCAGGUGAAGUGAUCGGCCUGUACAGAGUCCAAUACAAAGUAAAGUCAGUAAAUAUGAGGUAAAGAAAAAUAAGUAUAUUAAUUAAACUUGCUAGGGAUCUGUGAAUUAGAAUUUCAUGUAUUUUGUUUCUUUAAUCACAUAGGAAAGUCCAUGAAACUGCCAGACUUCAGGCAGAAAUCAGAGAGAAAUCACAGCUCCUGGACACGAUGUGUAACAGUGUUCCACUACAGAGAGAGCAGUAAGAAGUUAGAUUUGCCAUUUUCAGGGAAACAUGAAGACAUAAAGCAGGAAGUGAAAGUAAUUAAAGAAAGAUCAUUUUCAAGUGCUGGAUGGGAUGGCGGGAAUUAUCUGCCUCCAUAUCUGAUCCAUUAGUCAGCUUCUGGGUUAAAAAAUGAAGGUAAAACCAUUUGCUCUGCACCUGGAUUCUAUUUAAAUUCUAACUUAGGUCCUUUAAGUGAAGCACUACUACAAGUCAACAAGAAAGGUAAGAUGAUACAAGUUUCCAUGGUUUACUGUGGUGACAUUUUUCAGGACAAAGUAUGAGAAAACUAUGUAUUAAUCUCCUGGGAGUGGGGUAGGAAGCUUCAUUAGGGAGAUGCUGAGGAACAAGCGUGUGUGCACUGUCCAGGCAAGAGCAGGCCUUAAAAGUCUGUCCUCUACCAGAACACAAAAAGCUGCUCCAGUCCUUUGAAUAAUUUCAGGGCAUUAAUACUCCUAUUUCAUGAUAGAGACAAGUCUGGAAAAGGUUUGUUGGAGUUCUUAAUUGGUUAAACUGAGCAGUCUUAGAUGUUUCAUCCAAACAGUUUGUGUUGUAAGCCCUGACUUCAGAAGAAAUUCAUGUUGUAAAAGGACACAAUGCGCAAAGCUGUACCUAUGCUGUAUUACAGUCUCUAAUUACUCCUCAGGACAAAAUCAUGAUAGAACUGUGCUUCACAGUUAAACUGUUGUUCUGAAGCCUUGAUGCAUUUUCUGGGACAUAACGUAAAAUUAUUGCUUGUACUCACUUUGAAUAAACAGUGUGAGGAAUACAGUUCUGGAGUUCUUAAGAGCGGUAUUGCUGUGUUACUUCAUCUUGGUAGAAGGGAGGAGCUAGGCAGCAUGGAAGUGUGCAUAGCAUUUGUUCCACCUCAGGAUUUGUUCUGUUACUGUCACUUUUCAAGACAGUUUCUUUGUCAGUUGGGAUUUCUCUGUUGUUACACAUUCUCUUCCACGUGAGACAGGGAUUUUGUUUAUUUUCUGUCAAGAGUUUUUGUUCAGUAUCCCCACAGUCAAAGGCCUGGGACUAAAAUCAGAGGCCUGGAUUUCUGCACUUAAACAGAUACAGCCUAAGAAUCUCAAGGCAAAGAAGACGGGGCAAAAAAUAUAUGAAAAGCUUUGCAUCCUUGCUGGAUGUGUUUUCUGCUUUCAGGAAGACAACAGCCAGUCUCUCAGGGGGUGUUUCUGCAUCCUGGAGAAUAGAUGUUAAUAGCAUAAUAGUUCUUUGCUAACAUGAACUUCUGGUGGAGUCAGUCUUGUCCACCCAUGUCAAAUGCUUGAGAGGUUAAAGAAAAAAUCAGAGAACUUUGAAUAUAUUUGCUAGAAGGAAGGCAACCCGCAUCAGAUUACUAGUCUGGUUUUGUGAAAGUUGAAAUGGUGACUGAAUCUUUGUUACUCAGAUUGUAUUCUCAGAAGUGUUUCUUGGUCAAAUAUAAAAUGAUGUUGUCCCUCUUCAGCCGAGAGAUCUGAAGCUUCACGUUUUGUAUGGCUCGUUCCAGAUAAGUACAAGGAAUUUUAGACGUGUCUCUGUAUUAAUUAUGGCAAAGUGUGUGCAGUGGCUUUAAAAAUGUGACUUCACAUUUACCUUAUGACACACCUGUGAGUCUUACUGUUAAGUCUGUGCACCUUACAGUCUUUGUAAUGUGUUCAGAGCCAGUAUGCAAACUUGUUGAAUACUGAGAAGUUAACCUCGGCACACCUGCUAGGUUGCAUUGCAAGACCUGGUUUCAUUAAAUUUUAGUGAAAAGCUUUUACAUAUUUCAGAGGCAUUCCAUGGUCACAUAAACUUAUAGCUUAUCCUAAAAGUCCAAUUGAAUUUAUACAGUACCACAACAGAAGUAAGAAAGUAGACUGUAAUUUUUUUAUGAUGUCUAUUUUGUAUUUUUGAAAAAUCCAAAGUCUUUUAAAGAACUGGAUCACAUGGCAAUAUUUUCUAAUAUGCACAUUUUUAAAUUACUGCAUGUUUUUUAUUUAUAAUUGAUUGUAUUACUUAUAUAGAGAUUUGGCAUUUGUUAAUGCUUCAUUUUUAUUUACCUGAAACAGAUUGUGAUACUUUAUUUUGUGAUGAUAUUGUGAAGCAUCUGAAAAUAAACGGUGAUAAGAUGCUUUUCAACAUUAA